AGAAUAACACACAGUGACAGGUGUUCUCAUGUGUACCAUAGUGAGCACUUACCCAGGCUGACAGAGGACAUGGCAUCCCAAAGCCCAAAACCCAUGGCAAAACCCAAACCUGGUGAUUAGCACAGCCUUCAAAAUAUGUAUUACGCAGAGUGACUUGGCCACACUGAAGGAGGGUUGCUGGCUUAACAACGAGUUAAGAGUUAGAAUAAUAAUUUGACCUACUUUACUAAGACAGAUGCCUUCGCUUCUUGGGAAUAAUGCAUCACUGUACUAAUGGAAUAUAAGAGAAUCUGUGAUCAGGUGGGAAGCCUCUCUUUCAGCACUUUCUUUUACCCAAAGCUUCAGAGAGGUGAAGGCCAUGCCGCAGUGAAGAACCGGACAAAAGCUGUGGAUCUCUUCCUCUUUGAUCUUGUUUUUGUUCAUUUGUGCCUAGGCAUGCACUGGGCUUUGGCUGUAAUUGAUUUGAAAUCCCAGACCAUACAGUGCUGUGACUCAAUAGGUCAGAGACAUGAUGAGAUCUGUCACAUGUUGUUAAACUACAUCGCAGAGGAGUACAGGGUCAAGAAAGGCUGUGUCUUGGAGGCUUCCAGGUGGACUGUCGGCCGAAUGAGAACUAAAGCAAUUCCUAAACAGGUGAAUGGCAAUGACUGCGGUGUUUUUGCCUGUAAAUAUGCAGACUUCCUUUCUCAGGGAAAGCCGCUCACUUUCAGACAGUGUGACAUUCCACUGUUCAGGAAAAUGAUGGUUCGGGAGAUUAUACAUGAGAAGAUCCUGUAAGCCUUGAAUC